AUGUCCCUGGUGCAGCAUGUUUCUGCCAUCGACGGCAUUGAUCGCGAACUCGAACCAGACCUAGUUGAGGACUAUGACUUCGCUCCCAUUCGCCGAAAAAUCAGCUACGAUGUCAUCCAACCUAGCGACGCCAUCCCGGUCGCAGAAACGCGGCCUGGAACACCAGCGUACAAACAUUCCUCCGCAAAGAGAAUAGCCCAGGUCGUCGUCACCGUGCUCGCGUGCUGGAGCGCGUCGGGGAUCGUGUUUGGCUUCGCAGCGCUCAAGCCUGUCCUCGUGGAGGAAGGCGUUUACCAUGGGCAUUGCACUCCUGCCGAAAUAGAUGAAGGGCUUGAGCUAUGCUCACAGCAGGACCUUAGGCUCAACCUGUUCUUCACCAUUGCUUCGAUAACAGCUAAUGUAUCGGCUCUUCCAGUUGGGACGAUUUUGGAUCGAUAUGGAUCACGCGUCUGCUGGUUCAUUUCUUGCCUGUUGCUGGCUGUCGGCGGUGUCAUCAUGGCCUUUGCAUUCCGUAAGCCUGGCUUCGAUGGCUAUAUCGCGGGGAAUUUCUUUCUCGCUCUGGCUGGUACCUUUUUAUUUGUCCCCUCGUUCCAGAUCGCAAACGCGUUCCCCAGAUAUGCGGGGACGAUCGUCGCGCUGGUGACUGGUGCCUUCGAUGCCUCUGCCGCUGUGUUCCUCUUCUACCGGCUCAUAUAUGAGGCUUCCGGCAAAUCUUUCACCCCAGAUAAGUUCUUUCUGGGAUAUCUGAUAGUCCCCGCAUGUGUGUUCAUCGCAUUGGUGACCAUCAUGCCAGCGCGCGACUAUGUCUCGACCCUGCAAUUGGAAAACAAAAUGGAAAGGGCCGAAGAUGCUACCCGCGAUGUCCACGACUCUGAUGAUGAGAUCCAGAGCACGGCGGAGCUAAACCAGGUGCGGAAAAAGCGAGCGGAGCGGCGACAGAAAAAGAUCCGCCAGAUCGACGAGGUUCUCGGCGAUAGAGAUGAACGGCAGAUGCGUGCGGAUCGAGAAGAGGAUCGCCAACAGACAAGUUGGGUCUGGGGUGUAUUGCACGGCCUGCCGGCGCACAGGCAGAUGGCUACGCCCUGGUUCAUCCUGAUCACGCUGAUGACUGUUUUGCAGAUGAUUCGCAUGAACUACUUUAUCGCGACGAUUCGCUCGCAGUAUGAGUACAUGCUCGGAUCGGCCCAAAAGGCAGACAAGAUAGGUGCCCUUUUCGACGUCGCACUGCCAGUUGGGGGUGUUCUCUUCACGCCCGUGAUCGGGUUCCUGCUUGAUCGCCUUAGUGUGCCAACGAUGCUUGGCAUAAUUGUGCUUUUCACCACGGUCAUUGGUGUGCUAAACUCCAUUCCGGCAGUUUGGGCUGGUUAUGUGACCGUUUUGCUCUUCGUCCUACUCCGACCUCUCUAUUACUCGGCCAUGUCUGAUUAUGCUACUAAAGUCUUCGGCUUUGCCACGUUUGGGCGUGUGUACGGCGCCAUCAUUUGCCUCUCGGGAAUCGCAAACUUCUCUCAGUACGGACUCGACGCAUUGACACAUCAUAAGUUUGAUGGAAACCCAAUUCCAAUCAAUAUUAUCUUGGCAGUUGCCGGAUUUGUCGUUGGAACAGCACUCGUGAUUUUUGUUUUCGUGUCUGUGAGACAGAUGGGAGGGCAGAACCGGGUGGAUGAGGAAGAACGCGAGAGUCUGCUUUUGGAAGAGGACGAAGAAGAGGAGGAAUACGAGGAUAAUGGAAGUUACCGUUGA